CUUGUUGAUAUAUCAGGAUUGAGGAGGGGAGAAUUUACCUAGGGCUGGUGGUGAAACUUUGUAUUCAAAGUCUAGUUUUUCUUCCUCUUGGUUGUCAUCCGAGUGGGAAUCAAGGCGAAAAUGGCAGUGAGAGAUACUCAGGGAGAAGAAUCAGUUCCGUCGUCGUCGUCGUCAAGCAUUGCUUGUCCCAACUAUUUUGGUUCAGCAGAAGAAUCGAUUCCGGCCGGAGUAAAAUUGGUCCAUAGCACAAGCUCAUUGGGGCGAAAAAGAGUUGGUUUGUCCAAGUCUGUUCACUUAGCCAAUUUGUCCUCUCCAUGUGGUUCAUCAUCCUCUAAGAAACUGUGUACCAUGUCCACAAUGGAGCAAUCCAUUCAUCUGGAGACACUGCCUCAAGAUGUUCUGGUAAGAAUAUUAUCUAAGGUCGAUCAUGGUGACCUGAUGCAACUCCUCUUUGUAUCCAAGACUGUGAAUCAAGCUACAACCAUUGCUAAAGAGAUGCAUUUCGCUCUUCGCACCCCAAUUUCAAAGCCAGUCUUUAAGGACAACGUCGAUGGCAGCGAAGCAGCUCCUAAUGCACCGAUGCAACAUAGGGUCGCAAGAUCAAGGCUUCAUGCGAUAAACCGAUCAAGUAUUGUCGUAGUUCUUUUCCCAUCUUGUGAGGAUGAAUGAUCAGUUGCUUGUGUAAACAAAUUGUAAGGUCAGCACAGGGUUUUAGCUUUAUAGGCUUAGAUUCCAUUUAUUCGUCUCACAAGUUAGAAAUUUCAUCCUGUGGUUUGUAAAGGCCAUAUAGGUAGUUACACAGAUUCAACUCGUUCGUUGAAGAGAAAUGGUUUUAUAUUACUUAUUAAGAUGAGUAUGGAGGCUCAUCCAAAUUGGUAAUUUCA